AUGGAUAUGAAGAAUUACCUGCGACUUAUGAAAUGUCUGAUCAACAAAGCCUAUAUAUUGUUGGAACCACUUCAUCUCAACCAAUAGUUCUUUAUCCACGACAUUCUAAUCCUGUAAAUAUGCAAAUCGACAAGUUCAGUUUUCAAGCUCCUAAUAAAUAUUCAUCUAUGUUUUCAUGUAUGGAGAUUCCU